AUGCCGGUGUUUGUGGAAUACCCCACUCAGUUCUCUAAAGAGAGACUCAAGUCGGAGCUGAUUGCACAUAAUGUGGAGCUGCCCCCAUCGCAGAGCAAGAAACACGUUAAUGUGGAGCUUUAUCUGGAACACGAGAUGAGAUCUCUCUUAUACACAGUCUCCAGACAGCCUACCUGCGAGAUUGACGACACUGCCGCACCUCUGCCUACCAACACGACAGACGACACACCGACAGAGGAGCCAUACCCAGGAUUUGAGUCUCAAGUUCAGCAAAUUCUAAAAGACGCUGACGCAAUUAACAACGAUGCAGAUCGACAAAAACUCAGACGAGUCCUUUACAAGUUCAAAGCAUCAUUUGCCAAAGACACUUUAGAUUGUGGUCUCACCAAGCUCCACACCGUGCGCAUCCCAACGCACCCUAAUGCUCCUCCCACGUUUGUCAGGCAGUACAAGAUCCCCAUCGCGUCACACAAACCGGUGCAAGAGAUCAUCGACUCCAUGCUUGGAAAAGAAUAUGACAAUGCAGAUGCAAAGGCAGAAAAAGCCUCAGAACAAGAUUCUUUUGAGGAUUGUGCAGAGGAAGAGAGAGAAGAUGCAUUAGACAUGGUAGACCUGGGCUUACUGACUGAUGAUCAGCAGAAAGCCAAACUGCUCCAAUAUGGAUUCAAAGCUGGACCCAUUGUAGCUUCCACUAGAGCCUUAUAUAUAAAGAAGCUGCACAGGCUGAUGGAUCCUCCAGCACUGGCAUCACUGCAAAGGGAGGGAGAGUGCCCCAAAAAGCGAAAAUAUAAGACACAUUUUACGCCAGACUACACGAAAGUGUACCCCUGUCUAAUAAGAGUGAAACAUAAUGACAGUCUUGCACGCUGUACAGUUUGUAACAGUGACUUCAGCAUUGCCCAUGGCGGGUUAAAUGAUUGUAAAAGACAUGUUGAGGUUGGGAGGUUCUGUCAGAGCAGAGAUUUUUAUCCACAGUGCUUUGUACCCUCUGCCGGAUGGGUAAAUGGAAAGACUCCGCACAGGUCAUCUGAUAGCAGCCAAAAUGGGUCUUUGGUUCAAACCGGGUCACCGUACAGGUUCUUCAGCAUCACCCAGAUGGUGGAAGAGGGAAGUGUGUAUAUUGAGAACAGAUUAAGUCCUCAGAUACAACACACACAGACUGAGAGGAGAUCCAGCCAGAGAACUGAGCAUAUGAUGAACAACAGGGCCCUGCGGGACUUCAUGAGACUGGACAAAGACACCAUGACUGGCAGAUCUCUGUGUUUAACAACUCUUUCACCCCAUCAGAAACAUACUGUCACAGUAACUGCUUUUUCUCCCUCAAUCUUCCUUCUUUAUCCUCAGGCAAUUUUGACAGCCUGUUCUAAUGUCUUUGCUUUCUCCAUCGCCACAAAGAGACGGCCUAUAAAGGGAGCUGCAGGCCAUCCGGUGCAGUUUAAAUACCAAGAUUUGCCACAACUGAGUCCCACUACACUGGAGAGGCAGGAGAUUUUGCAGUGCCUGGUGCCUUUGUGGAUUCAGACCGUGGUUUUUCUCCUAGUGGUCUUUCUGCUCUGCCUCAUCUACUCGUACAUGAAAAACCCAUUAUUCAAUCCGCUCACAGCUCUGCUGGAUGGUCUACAUGAGGAACCUGCUCUCAUAUCCAGCAUGCAGGCCACACCCGCAAGUGGUGAUGCAUCUUAGAUUAACUGUACCAUGAAGAUACUGAUGCCAUAGAAAGUUAUGGAAAGAUCAGUUCCUUCUACAGUAGUUAAUCUCAGGCCCAAUUCAGCCAGGUGUCCUCUCUUCUGGAUUUUUACCUUCUAAACUCGUCUCUCUUUGUGAGACAAUCUGUGUGUAAUUGUGUUUACGACAGUCCCUGCAUGAGCUAAUCAUCUUUAACUGUCUCGGAAAAUUUGGUAUGAUUGGACUGCAUAAAAUUCAAGAGCAAUCCAUCAUAACAGCACUCAGAUGCAGAAUUUUUCUUAUCACAUACAUUGUGUUUGUUGUAAAUAGGAUUGUGCAUGGAGUGUAUGUUUUGCCAGGUUGAUCUUUUAUCAAAUACAUUACAUAUAUUUAUUGUUUUCCUCAUUUGAAAGUUGUUUUUGUUAUUUGUACUGAUGUA